CCGGCCGGGCGGCGGCUGCGGGCGCGGCAGGGGGCGGCCGCGUCCCUGGGGCAGUGGCGUCGCCCGGUUCCCCGCAGCCGCCCGCGCAGAGCCAGCUGAUCUUUGAGAUCUGAGGUGCGGGGCUGCAUGAUGCCCGUUCCUGGUGGGAACCGAUCUGUGAAGAGAGCCAGAAGUGUGUGUGUCUACCUAUUGUCCUGAUGCCAUACACUACCAAAACCAGAGUUUGUUCUCUUGUCACAAAUCAGCUCUGGACUUGUGUGUCCCUCCCUGGGCGAAGGGGCCGCCAGCCUCCUGGAACUCAAGUUGGUGAGAACUCGGUUUCUUGAGUCAGUUAUUACCACCGACUGGGGCUCAGGACAUCCGAGGAAACCUGGCUGAUGAAAGCAGUUUUGGAGUUACAGUUUCCUCAGAGUCUAUGACCACCAGUCAAGUGAUGCUUUAUUCAGCCGACACCGGGAUGGUGCCAGUAGGUGAGGCGUGAGCACCAGCAGUUUUCCUUGACUCCAGGAGUGGACAUCAUUCUGAGUCAGGUUUGGACGUCAUGAAAACCCUUUCACGGUGACUGAUUGCAUUUGCUAAUGGGACAUAAGGCAGCGCCCUCCACCCCACUGCGGUGACUUUUCCUAGUGGGCCCAGUUGGCAGGCCUCACUGUUCAUCAAUGGAGCCCUUGGCAGGAACCGAGGGACAGUGGCAGCCAUGCCUCCCCCUGCUGCCGCCGCUCCUUCUGCCUCCUGCUAACCUGCAUGCCGUGGGUGCCCUGGAGAUGCCCAGAGGACUGACCAUCUGAGCCAGCUUGCCUCAAGCACUAAGUCCCUCAAAAUGUGGCUGGAGUGGUUGGUGGCCUGGAGCUGGUCUCUGGAUGGCCUGAGGGACUGCAUUGCCACCGGUAUCCAGUCCGUGCGGGACUGCGACGGCACAGCCGUCAUCACCGUGGCCUGCCUGCUCGUCCUGUUUGUGUGGUACUGUUACCACGUGGGCCGCGAGCAGCCCCGCCCCCACGUGUCCGUCAACUCCCUCCUGCAGGGCGUGGAUGCCAACGGGCUGCAGAAUGGGUCCAUGUACUGCCAGUCACCGGAGUGUGCGCGCUGCACACACCACGAAGGCCUCAACCAGAAGCUCUACCACAACCUGCAGGAAUACGCCAAGCGGUACUCGUGGUCCGGCAUGGGCCGCAUCCACAAGGGCAUCCGGGAGCAGGGCCGCUACCUCAGCAGCCAGCCCUCCAUCCAGAAGCCCGAGGUCUUCUUCCUGCCUGACCUCCCCACGACGCCCUACUUCUCCCGGGACGCCCAGAAGCACGACGUGGAGCUAUUGGAGCGGAACUUCCAGGCCAUCCUCUGCGAGUUCGAGACUCUCUACAAAGCCUUCUCUAACUGCAGCCUCCCUCAAGGGUGGAAAGUGAACAGCACCCCCAGUGGGGAAUGGUUCACCUUUGACUUUGUCAGCCAGGGCGUUUGUGUCCCCAGGAACUGCAGGAAGUGCCCGCGGACUUACCGCUUGCUCGGCAGCCUCCGGACCUGUAUUGGGAACAAUGUUUUCGGGAACGCCUGCAUCUCAGUGCUGAGUCCUGGGACUGUGAUCACGGAGCACUAUGGACCCACAAACAUCCGCAUCCGAUGCCACCUAGGUUUGAAGACUCCCAAUGGCUGCGAGCUGGUGGUGGGGGGCGAGCCCCAGUGCUGGGCAGAAGGCCGAUGCUUACUCUUUGAUGACUCGUUCCUGCACACUGCGUUCCAUGAAGGUUCCGCUGAGGAUGGCCCACGGGUGGUCUUCAUGGUAGACCUCUGGCACCCCAACGUGGCAGCUGCUGAACGUCAGGCCCUGGAUUUCAUCUUUGCUCCGGGACGAUGAGGACAUUGCCUAGGCUGGAGCCAGGCUGAGUGGAUGGGUGGACUGUGGGAUUGCCCACCCUGACUGUGCCCUGAUCCAUGCUGGAGGCAUGAAUGGCUUCCUGCCACUGUGGGGCGUCUUUCCUUUGGUGACUGGGAACUUCCUAGGUUUCUUUCCCCUUCCAGCUAAUUGCUGGGACUUCUGGCCUACUAGUGUGUCCCUUUGGCUGUGACCAGAGGCUCUGUGCCUCUCCUGUCCGUGUCACUUUGCUACCUGGUGUCCUCUCCGUGUUCUGGAAUAGAGUAACCAAAUGGCUGUUUUGUCUAAAUGUAAUCAUCCUAAAUUUCUGUAGCUGUCUCAAGAGAGAGCAAAAACAAACAAACAAAAACAAAACAAACUCCCCAGACCAGAAGCCAUUGAGCCAGACAGCUUGGCCUCUGAUGCUGGGGUUCCAAGGACCCUUCACUGUCCCAGAGCAGGAAACAGCCUGCAGCCUGCCCUGCCUGUACAUCUGGUUGGUUUCAUUAUGGGCUUACCAGACACCCUCGGGGUGGUGUGUAAGUCAGGGCCCAGGGCAUCCGUCAUUAUUGCUGAUAGACCCCAAAAUCUAUCAGAGCCCAGCUGGUGGCGACCUGGGCCUUUUCUUUAACCACAGCUUCCUCCAGAGCCGAAGGCUAGUGAGGGCUCUCAGGUCAGCCACAGAACAGGGAUCCACUUAGCUCACUGCCUACUGCCGAGCCCGGCCUGACAGACGCUGCCGCUGUGGUUUCGAGUCCACAAGAUUGGCAGGAAGCAUGCUGGGCUGAAUCUCUGCCACCGACCAUGUGACCGUAGUGCCUGUCCAUCAUGCUUUGCAGUCUGUUACCUAAGGGUUGACAUUGAUUAUAUCUGUGUGCAAACCUUCACAUGCUAGACUCAGAGACAGCCAAGGGUUAUCGCCAUGUCUUUCAACCCGAUGACCGGAGCCCAUGGGUGUGGUGUCACCAGAGACAGCUCCAGAUUCCAGAUCCACAGACAUGGCACUGACUCUUCAGUCACCAGAGAAGACACACACACAGUUCUUUUCCCAAAGUGAAGGCCAGCCAGAGGCCCUGGGUCCAGCUGAUGGGAAAGUGCAGUCAGCCAGGCACUCUCAGGGAUAUGCUGGGAGUGGUGGCCCUGUGGGCAUGGUCCAGAGCAGGACAGAGUGGACAGCUUUUGGUAUAAGUUUGAUGUUAGGUCCAAAUGCAAAACCAGUCACCUCUAGAAGGUAAUUUGAUGAUGUCAGUCCACAAUGGGGGUGGGGUGGGGGGAAGCACCCAGAACAUUUCUCUGCUCAGAGUUGAGGAUGGAAGCAUCAGGCUUCGGAGUUUUUGCACUCAGGGUCUCAGCAGAGUCCCCUGAAGUGCAUGAUCCACACCUAUCCUGACUGUCCCCACCACACACCAAGGACAGGGAGUAAAUAAAGAGCUUUGCUGACAA